AUUGGCAUAAUGCCCGUAGUCAUGAGAUAUUACUUUCCUCUGCUCUCAUCGUGUUAAGAAUAACAUUGACUAUUUCAUUACUUAUCAGUAGAAUUGAAUAGGCAGUUACCACGUGGUUCAACAGUCGUUAUCCUCACUUGGGUUGAUCAUAACCGUUAUGCUAACUCAACAUGCUCAUACUCGAAGCGGGUCUGACCAACAGUUACGCCUGAUUAUUAAACUGUCGGGCAAGUUUGAUAAUUCUUCCAGAAACUCACGAUAAUUAAAUCUCAUCAAAGAGUUGUUGUUCUCAACAGUUUUGUUGUUUGUGGCUUAAAACAGAGGUCACCAUCGUAUAAUUGAACUCAUCUCAUUCAUCACCAAAUAGCUCUCUUUUCAUCACACUACUCAUAUCAACCACAAUGGAGUCUUUUCUUGGUCUCGAUCUCACAAAGAACUAUUCCUUCUUCACAGUCCCAGCUGCAUUCUUCAUUAUCACAUUUCCUCAUGCCUACACCAUCACUGCAGGUGCCAGGGGGACAUACGACAACUGCAACCCUCGCUCACACAAAGACAGAAUCACCAACUGCCAGACUCUUGAUAAAUCUCAUAAACAAUUCCUCCUCCGCGCAAAAGCGGCCACAGAAAAUGGCCUCGAAACUAUUGGUUUCUAUGCCGCAGGUAUCCUGGCCGUAAACUUUGCAGACGUACCAACACCAACCAUCAAUGCCCUCGGUCUCGGCUAUGUUGUGAGCCGUCUUCUGUACAACAUCGCUUACCUGUGGUUGCAGGAUAAUCCCCGACUAUCACGGGUACGCAGCUUGGUUUGGGUAACGAGCAUCGGAGUUGUUGUGUCGUUGUGGGUAAAGGCUGGAAACAAGAUGCUAUCCAUAAGCGUCACAACUUUCAACAUGUUCCCCAUCAACUAUCUCGUCUUACUCUUCGCCUCAACAGCCUUGGCCCUCCCUGGCAACCCAGAGGCUUGCGAUACUGAUGCCUCUGCCGUCACAGCUGCUCCCAAAGAGUCGUUCGACUGUGAUUACAGCUAUUGCGGGGAGGAUGACGAUGUCCUGUGGUGCUUCCGCUUCAUCCCUUUCACCACCAUCAACCCUACCCUUGGUCCUCUUCCUGGAGAGACAAGGGUCUCCAUCGGCAUGUGCGGUCCCAAGUCAGCAGAACCGAAACACAUGGAUUGA